GUAAACAUAUGAAAAAGGAAAGCUCCCGCUUCAAUUAUUCAUAUAUCACCAAUCGGGUCAAGAAUGACUCUGUAAUCAUACGAUUGAGAGGCUUGUCGAAAUAUCGAGCGAUUGACUUUGUGUUGUCGUGCCCACGUGAAAAAUAACAGAAUUGUAUUAUUUCUCACACUCGAACGAUCGCUCGUCGCUGUCGUUUUUUACAUUCUACAUCGAAAAGUAAACUUCGCUAAAGUGUCAGCAACGAACGUCACGAACAAUAUGGCGAACGUUCAGUUGUAGGCGGAUAUUUUGCUUGACGCGGAAACGUCACACAUGCUGUCGGAUAGCUGUCAAAUUUUGAGAGAAGCAAAAAAUGGAGUUGUUUCGCACUGACACUCAUUUUAUCUUUGUAAAGGAGAAAUAUAGCCUCUGGUGUGACAAGUAUACUGGCGAAUUUGCUGCGAAAUCGGAUUGGGAGUGGGCUACGCCAAAAGAUUUAGAAUGUCUGGGAAUGUUUUAUGGAAUAGUAGGAAAAAUUGAACAAACAUCAGUAUUAGAACCUCGCUUGAUGCUUAUAAAGGAUAUCAUACCAGUGGGAGAACUACACGGUGAUCAUGUUGUUUACAAAAUCAAAUCUAUCGCGUUUUUACAUCUUGGUACAGAUAAUGGGGAUAUUGGAUUGUUACCUUGUAAGAAACAUCAAUAUUCAUUGAAGAAAAAAGGUAGUGGAUUGUUUGAUGUGCCACAAAAGGCAGCCUUGGCAAAAACCUGGGGUACAAUUAAGAAUGCCACAAAUACUAUAAAAAAUACCACACAGCAGGCUGCUGCGCUAGCUACAUCUCAAGUGAAAUCUACAGUAACAAAACGGAGCAUAGUGAAGGACAAAGAAAGAUUUGAGAAGAGAAUAUUGGAAGAAUUAAAUAAGAUAUUUACUGAAACUGAUUCCUUCUUUUUUUGUCAGACUGGUGAUAUCACUAAUAGCUUGCAACGACAAUGUAUAGCAGAAUCUCAGCAAUGCAAUCAGGAUAAACCACUAUGGCAACGAGUGGAUGACAGGUUCUUCUGGAACAAACAUAUGUUACACGAUAUUAUUAAUUUAGAUAGAGAUAAAGCAAACUGUUGGAUAUUACCAAUCAUUCAAGGAUAUGUUCAAAUAGAAAAAUGUAUAGUUGAAGUGGGUUUUGAUGGGCAACCGCAACAGGAGAUAUUUAACUUAGCAAUAAUAUCAAGAAGAAGUAGAUUCCGUGCUGGGACCAGAUAUAAGAGACGCGGAGUGGACGAUGAUGGAAAAUGUGCAAAUUAUGUUGAAACUGAACAAUUAGUUUGGUACCAUGAUCAUCAAGUAUCCUUUGUGCAAGUACGAGGUAGUGUGCCAGUAUAUUGGUCACAGCCUGGAUAUAAAUAUAAGCCUCCACCGCGAAUUGAUAAAGAUGAGGCUGAAACACAAAUAGCAUUCGAAAAACAUUUUGGUGAAGAACUUGCAUUAUAUGGGCCUAUUUGUAUUGUUAACCUGGUUGAACAGUCUGGCAAAGAAAAGAUAAUCUGGGAAGCUUAUAGUAAUCAUGUGUUUAACUAUAAUCAUUCAGAUAUUACAUACACUACCUUCGAUUUUCACGAAUAUUGUCGAGGAAUGCAUUUCGAAAAUGUAUCUGUUUUGGUUAAUGCAUUGGCCACAUUGCUAGCAGAUAUGGGUUAUUGCUGGCGCGAUAAACAAGGUAUGAUUUGCAUGCAAAAGGGCACAUUUCGUAUGAAUUGCAUAGAUUGCUUAGAUAGAACAAAUGUGGUGCAAACUGCUCUGGGUAAAGCCGUUAUGGAAAUCCAAUUUUCAAAACUGGGACUAAUACCACCUGAUGGAACUUUACCUACAAACAUAAGACAGACUUUUCAAUCACUUUGGGCCAAUAAUGGGGAUAUUAUUAGCAAGCAAUAUGCAGGAACAAACGCUUUAAAGGGAGACUAUACGCGUACCGGCGAAAGAAAAUUUACUGGGUUGAUGAAAGAUGGCAUGAAUUCUGCAAACAGAUAUUAUCAGCAACACUUUAUGGACGACUUACGUCAAGCAGCGAUAGAUACGCUGCUAGGGAACCCAAUCGACGUUGAUCAACUGAACAACGAUUGGUUACACUAUUUAGAUAUCUUUGAUAAUUGCUGUCUCGAACUUAUACCUAUGAAACCACCAAAUAUACAACUUCAACUUGCUACUCAUCCUGACUUUCUUUAUGCCACUGCCCUAUAUAAUUUAGCAAGAUACUACUUGAAUCGCUUCAAAGAUGUCUACAGGCAAGCAACAAUUGAUAUGAUGUUGGGAAAUUCGGUAAGCGAAGAAGUAUUUUUAGAGCGUACAGAUGAAGAAGACAAUGCGGCGACUGCGAUUCAUGUGAAACUGCUAAUUGAAGACUGCAAAAAGUUACUAAUACCUGAUCCCGAAAUUAUCUUAGGCAGUUGGGGUGUUAUUGAUGCCGAUCCUGUUACCGGUGACCCUACUGAAACAGAAAUGGAUACUAUUCUAAUAUUAACUCGAGAUAGUUAUUAUAUAGCAGACUAUGACGAUCAAAUCGAUAAAGUUACAAAUUACCAAAGAAUUCCGCUAAAUGAUAUCGUCUUAAUUGAAUUUGGUCAGCCCGAAAAUACGGUUUCGUUCUUCAAAAAUAAGCAUUAUCACUGUAUUAGAAUCAAUUACAAGAUGAACGGCGAAUAUGGUUACUUUCACAUGUUCCGUAGUACAAAUUUAAGAUUUUUCAAUAAUAUGGCAGUUGUGAUUAAAACUGAGGAAGAAAGCAUAGAAUCUUUAAAAGCAAUUUGUGAAGCUAUUUCUGUAGCUAUGGAAAUUACAGGCUUACCAAAGGUCCCAAUAGCUAUGAAUGUUACAUUAGAUAAAAGAAAGAGUAAAUUAGUGAAUGUUAAAGGCUCUAUUGGAUUGCUGGACAUUUCAUCAUUUCCAGAAUUGACAAGAAAUCUAUCCGAGACACAAUUACUUGCUUUAAAGACAGCAGGUACAAAAGCUUUAAACAAUAUGUCAGAACAAUUUAGCAAAUUGAACAAACUGAGUCAGAGUUUUAGCACAAAGAAGCCAAUUGAUUUGGCAAAAAAUAUAGGUAACAAAAAGACAGAAGAGUUAUCAAAACCGAUUUUUACAGUCGGUAACAGAGAUAUUUCAGGCAAUGUGAAAGAAAAAACUUGCAGUAGUAGCAGUAGCAGCGAUGAAAAUAUUGAAAUGGCACAUAUACAUGUCAAAAAGCCAGUGAACUUUAGCCACGACAAGCAUUUAAUGGAAGCUUACACUCCAGUAAUUGGUAUUAUUAUGGGUGUGAAAAAUUCUAACGUUAUGGACGGUGACAUUUGCGAGACCAGCGUGAACGCGGGAUUACCUACCAGGCAUAUCAUGAAUUCAGAUUUGAAACCCGACAUAGCCAUCGAUGCACUGCACUUAAUACCACAACAUGGUUCUGGUACCAGCACUCUCAGUGCUUCGCCACAGAAAACUACAGCAACCACGCCGGAGAUAACGAUAUACGACGUAGGGGACAGCAUACAAGGGGGAAAAGAACGGAUGAUUCCACUGUCAACUUUGACACUUUCCAAGAAUAUCAGUCAUUCGACGGGGGAUGUUGAAAAUAAAACAUUAUCAUCCAGUGUCAAAAGCGCUACUCUUCAAACGGACAAUAGAUUAGACGAGAAGAAAAGAUCAGCUUCUGAACAAGAUUUGACAUUGAAUAUUACGUCAUCCCAAAGUGAAUCUGCCUUAAAAUCCAUAAAAGGGAAUAUCGCGAAUGUUACUAGUCCAGUAACAUCCACGGCCAAGGAUAUCUUAUUACCAUUCUCAAAAUUUGCUAAAGGUGUUCAAACAUUAGGAGCUAAUUUAGAUCCUAGAAAGCUGAAGACAGGCCACGUAACGCGAAAUUUGUCGGAACAUCAGAUGGAAGAGCGCCAAAAACUUCAAGAAAAAUGGGCCUCCUGUCAAUCUAGACUUAUUGCUUUAUAAAUCUUUACUACUUGAAUGAUCAGCUUUCCGAAUACAAUUCGUCAUUGAAUAUCAAUUUAAGGCUUAUUGAUAUUGUUUAUUCAUAAAUAUUAUAGAUAAUAUUUAUGAAUAUAUAAUUUUAGGAAUUUUUAGUACAUAUAUUAGUGAUGCAGAUGCUAUUAUGCACUUUAAAAAAGAAAGCGAAAAGGAGAAUAAAGUAUUAUUAGAUUGUACUAUAGACAAUUUUGCUAUAUAGAUUGCAUAGAGAGAGUUGAGUAACGCGAGAAAAAAAAUAUCACGUAGAAGGUAAUGAAUAAUUUCGACCACAUUUUAUAGGAAAUAUAAAUCGAUCUCACUGCACCUAUUUCACAUGUCACAGAUAUAGCUGUGAAACAAGAUUAUUCACUAUAGAAAAGAAAAUUUCUAUAUGAAGACAAAUUAAAAACACAAAGUACAACAUGGUCA